AUGGGCUGUUGUGAAGGUCGAGAAGCAUCCCAAGAGACAGACAAGCCUCCUCAAAAGCGCUCAAAUUAUAAGUCUAGGAAAAUUAGAAGAAAUAUUAACGUAGAAGCUAUGCUGUCUCAAGAUUUCGUUGUACAAUCGGCCACUCAAUCUCCAAUAAGAAUGCAAAAAGAAAACACAGACCCAGAAGCCGCUCCAAAAGAAGACUCUCAACUAUUCGCACUAAACACCUUAAAAGCUGAUACAAAAUGACUAGAAAUUUCUAAAUGAGUUUACGUUACCGACAAAAUAGAUCAAAAUGAGCUGAAAAUAAGGCAAAGCUGAGCAAAAUCCCCGGAAACAAUAGGAAGUUUAGCAUUAGCUUAUUUAGCAGAAGCUGCCUGAGAUGAUCCUUCAUCAGUGCAAGAAAUUCUGAAAAAUAUCCAAGAUCACCUUAUUUUAAGCAUAAAAUCUGGGACAGAAGACCAAAGAGAUUUUUCUUUUUUAUUUCUUUAUCAUUCUCUUGAUAAUACCACAAAUGAGCUGAAACAUGAAUUAAUUUCAAAAAAUAUUUUACAAAAUUUAAUACCUUUUCUUUCCUGUCAAACUAAGCAGUUAAGGCUUUUGUCAGCUGCUACUUGUGCGAGAAUUUAUAAAGGGAAUGAGAUUGCACAGUCAAUUUUUUUUAAAAAUAAAGGAGCACAUGAUUUGAUACAGCUGCUUAUUAGAGAUGGGGACUCUGAUGAAAUUUUGUGUAGGCUCUUGGAGCACUUAAUUGAUUUAUAGUAGGGGUGAAUGACUAUUAUAUGUAUUUAUGAAGAAUCACACACUAAGAUACAUUUUUGGUUUGCCAAAUACUAUGCCUUGCAAAUAAUUUGACAAGCCAGCUGAUUCUGGCUAACCAAAAAUGCUCCUUAGUGGACUAUUCAUCGUAAACUAGUAUACUUUUAAAAGUUAUUAUAUUAUUGCGCUAAAUUUAUGAAAAAUAAUUGAAUAUGUUAUAAUUCUGGUAAAAACUAAAUAGGACAGUAAUGAUGAAGUAAUUGAAAAAAAUGCGCAGAAAUUAAUUGAUGAGAGUAUGAUGGAAAUGCUAGAAAGCAUUGACAUUCAUAAUAGGUCUCUUAAAGUUAGGAAUAUAUACAUAAAAUGGUCGGAAGCCAAAAUUAGUUCUCUCAGGUGCCUUUAUGAUAUAUCAGGAAUACUUUUUUGGGGUUUGAUAUAUCCUAGCGAUGUCUAGCAGCAUAGAAAUGAAUCGUGAGCUGCUUCCUAUUGAAUUGAGUCCUAAACCUAGGGCAUUAAGUUCAUCUCUUUUUGUUUACCAACAUAGCACACUACUCUCCGAAGCGUAGGAGCAAUCAGCUGAAUAGUAACUUUAAAUACCUUCCGAAUAAUCUAAUCUAAAAAAGUUAUGGAAAUAGCUGAUGAUUUAUUUCAGAUGAUGCCUGAGGAAGAAGCAAAGUAUAAUUAA